CCAAUGAAAAGUUUACAACUCCGAAUUUAACAAAAAAUUCGGCUCAGAAACAAAAUGAACACAUUUCUUUCUCGUUUAAACACUAUAUUUGCGUUUACUUUAACAGUACUCGCCGCCCUGACAUUCCUAUGUUUCCUAUCGACGCUUUUUAAAGCUCAUCAAGCCCCUCUUCAGUUACAGACGAAGAAAGUUUUGGUUAAAAAUGUGCAAGACUUCAGUGUUUCUAAGGAAAAGAAUGAUUUGGGAUUUAUAACGUUUGACCUUGAAGCAGAUAUGAAGGGUAUCUUCAACUGGAACGUUAAACAGUUAUUCCUUUAUUUAACAGCGGAGUACUCUACAAAGAAUAAUAAAUUUAACCAAGUUGUGAUUUGGGAUAAGAUCAUCUUGCGUGGAGACAGUGCAGUUCUACACUAUCACGGCAUGAACACCAAGUAUUACUUCUUUGAUGAUGGUCUUGGACUCAAGGGAAACAAGAAUGUCAGCCUCUAUUUAUCAUGGAAUGUUAUCCCAAAUGCUGGUAUUCUGCCUUUAAUAAGCCAAGAGAACAAGUUUUAUUUCGACUUCCCAGAAGAAUACACUGUCAACAGGGCUGGCUUUGAUUACUAAACUUAUUUAAUUGGUGGGCAUUUUAAGUCCAAAUGCCACAAGAGUAAACACUCUGAAGUUGUGCCUAUUACAUAGAGGGCCAGUUAUUUCAACAAAGUUUAGCCAUUGUUUAACAAAACCACAUUCUAAACUUUCUUGAAUUUAGCUGAAUCUUCUAUUUCAACAUUUAUUUUUGUGAUCAUUGUCAAGAAGGCCAAAAGUUAUCUGUGGAAGGACAUUUGUGUAAUGAGAACAACCCUCUAUUAGAGAAUAAUUAUGUAAGGCCCACUUGGUGUAUAAAACUGGGGUUUGGGUUAGACCUGGUAUAAAUAACCAGCCCACAGAGUUUCCUUGUUCAAAAAUACUAGCACUAUCUUCAUUAUACACACAACUUUAGUAAAGGCUCCCAUUUUGUAAGAAGUGGUUGAGCCCUAUGUUUACCAUAUGAUUAACCUGAAUGAUAUUUUUAAGUUUUGUUUCAUAUUUAUGUCUUAGUAGUGAAAGUUCUCUGGCAUGUUAGCACUACAACUGACGUUAUUUUCAAGUUCCCUGAUCUUGUAUUUGUGUUGUUAAAAAGUCCAUUUUGAUCUCAUUCAAUCAGCUAAAGUUUACUAUGGUUUAUCAUUGUUUUGGCAUCCUAUCUUUUAAGUCGUCUUGUGUCAUUAUAGUGUAAUAUGUUACAUAAAAGCCAUUGAAAUAGUUUUACAACAAUGUACUGUAUCAGAAAGACCUCCUGCACUGGAUGAGGUGUUCAUGUACUGACAAAAGGUUCUGAACCACAGAGAAGUGACCUCACCACAAGUUAUUUGUCUCAAAAAAUUAAAUAAAUAAAAAUUAAUCAGCAUCAAGAAGAGGUCUUCUCUGACUUGCAUAGAAGUAACAAUAAUACAAAGUGGAUUUUAAAAAGUUGCUAAUGAAUAAAAUAAUUGGAGAGAAAUGUUUUGCAAAGCCAGAUCACCCAUGAUUAAAAAAAAAAUCAGUUCAUUAAUGCAUAAAAUGACUUGAGAAUUAUUUUGCAAAGCUGGAUCACCCAUUAUAACAUGCAUGAUGUUUCAACCCUUUUUGUAGCUGAUAGAGGGAAAGUGGGUCAUCCAUCAUGUUUUGGAAACAGGAUAUGGAGUUGUGUAUUCAUAGUAAAACACACCCUUGACAUGUACAGCAGGCUACAUGAUGGUUUAUACUUUAUUGCACGUUCAUAGAAAUUAAAACUGUACAGCAAGAUACAUUCUCAAACAGCAUAAUGAUAUCACAGAACUGAUUGUAGUUAUUUCACCUCAUAAUGCAAACUCUGAAGUUAAAACUGAUGAAUAUUAAGAUUUCAUAAUAACUAGCAAACUGAGACUCUUGAUAAGAGUGAUCAGAGCUUUAAUUCUCCUUAAAAUUCUGAUACACAACACAACAGACAGGAAAUGAAAUUUCAAAAUAAGUUUUCAACAUUGAGAAUUACUUCUACUUAGCAGUUGAUUCUCACUAUAAGGUAACAAGAAAGGUGUUGUCUCUUGUUUGAGGAAUUACCUUUCCAAUCUUAAAGGUUGAAACACACCAAAGUUUUGUGGGAAGUGUAAUAUUUUAAAUUACACAUCUCUUUAAGGAAAUCUGGCUCUCUUGUAACAUUGAUGCAUUAGAGCAUGGAAUCUAAAGAUCUGAGCUCUUGAGGUUUGACUCCUCAAGGGGAAGCAUAAUUCAUUCUUCAUCCCAUGCUUGUGACAAGAUGAACGACAUCUCUCUCUGUUACUUGUACAUUAAUUCCACAAUUCCAAAGAUAGAAAUUGGACCACUACUUCUUGCCUUUGCUGGGUUUUGAACUUCAGAGUUUGCAAG